AUGAAUAAAUACAAAAUAUCUAAAGAAAGGAGAUCAGAAAUUGAAUCAAUUUUUAAUGAAUUCAAUAAAAAUAAGAAAGGAUUAGAUGGAGAAGAAGUAUUGUAUAUAUUAAGAUCUAUUGGUAUAUUUCUCAACAAAAAUGAAUCAGAUGCCCUUUUAGAUGAAUGUAGGUCAAAUGGUAAUUUAAAUUUAAAUAACUUUUAUGCUAUUAUGCAAGCAUUUUACUAUGAUGAAAAUAUCGGAAAGCUACUAUUAACAUCAUUAAAAGCCCAUACUAACGAAAACUCUAAAAGUAUUAGUAUUUCUGAAUUAAAGAAUUUAUUAAUGACAUUAGGAACUGGUGUAAAAUUAACAGAAGAUGAAGUAGACGCUUUUUUAAAUUUAGAAUUCAGUACGAAUAAUAGUAAAGACAUAUCGUUCGAUGAAUUUAUUUAUAAGGUAUUAAAGGAAUGA